AGUUGGGCAGUGUGUGAGUAAAGUGAACGCGCGCGAAAAUAAACUCAAGAAUCUCAAGAUGAACUUGGACGCAAAAAGUCAUGUCAUAACACUUUUUCUGAUUUCCAACUCUUUUAAUGGGUUUGGCUUUGGCCUCUUCCUAUUCGCCUUCGGCGUUGGAAGCGGAGUCGUCGCGGGCAUGACCGAAGGGUUUGCAUAUUGCAUAGCGAUUGGUGCCGCAAUUAUCGGUCUGUCUGUGGUCGGGUGCAGUGGAGCUAUUACACAGCACAAGAAAAAACUGGACUCGUAUGCGUCGGGGAUGGCAAUGCUGACGGCGGCUGAGAUAGUGCACUUGGUGGUGUUGAGCAACGCACCCUUUCGGCGUGCCGAUGACGUCCUGUUGAGAGCAUAUUUUGUAACCAUGGUCUUCAUUAUCGCCAUAUCGAUAGUGUCAAUGAUGUUGGCGUGGACUAUGUCCUAUCGGCUCGGCCAUGCCCGCGCGAUACCCGCAUUCGCUGAGAAGAACGGUCAGCAAAAUUUGCAAGUGUAGACGACCAUCCACAACGUCACCACGACCCACACUUAUUUUUUUGUAGGUAUUAUAUGGGGGAAGGUUUAUGUAGGUACUAGUACUAACUUAGGCACAACUUUUUCGUUUAAUCGAUUUGCUGCAUGUAUUGUGACUUUUUAAAUACGUAGGUACAUACGGUACAUACCUAUGUAUAAAUUGUUCUUUAUGUUGUCUCUCAAAUCAUUUAUUUUGUACUACUUUUUAUUCAAAUUA